AUGGACGAGGAAUACGAUGUGAUCGUGCUGGGGACCGGCCUCACCGAAUGCAUCCUGUCGGGCAUCAUGUCUGUGAACGGGAAGAAGGUGCUGCACAUGGACCGGAACCCCUACUACGGGGGCGAGAGCUCCUCCAUCACACCCCUGGAGGAGCUGUAUAAGCGUUUUCAGUUGCUGGAGGGGCCCCCUGAGUCGAUGGGCCGAGGCCGAGACUGGAACGUUGACCUGAUUCCCAAAUUCCUCAUGGCUAACGGGCAGCUGGUAAAGAUGCUACUGUAUACAGAGGUGACUCGCUACCUGGACUUCAAGGUGGUGGAGGGCAGCUUUGUCUACAAGGGGGGCAAGAUCUACAAAGUGCCGUCCACUGAGACUGAGGCCUUGGCUUCCAAUCUGAUGGGCAUGUUUGAGAAACGGCGCUUCCGCAAGUUCCUGGUGUUUGUGGCAAACUUCGAUGAGAAUGACCCCAAGACCUUUGAGGGCGUUGACCCCCAGACUACCAGCAUGCGUGACGUCUACCGGAAGUUUGAUCUGGGCCAGGAUGUCAUCGAUUUCACUGGCCAUGCCCUGGCGCUCUACCGCACUGAUGACUACCUGGACCAGCCCUGCCUUGAGACCGUCAACCGCAUCAAGUUGUACAGUGAGUCCCUGGCCCGGUAUGGCAAGAGCCCGUAUUUAUACCCGCUCUACGGCUUGGGCGAGCUGCCCCAGGGUUUUGCAAGAUUGAGUGCCAUCUAUGGGGGGACAUAUAUGCUGAACAAACCUGUGGAUGACAUCAUCAUGGAGAACGGCAAGGUGGUGGGCGUGAAGUCUGAGGGAGAGGUGGCCCGCUGCAAGCAGCUGAUCUGUGACCCCAGCUACAUCCCGGACCGUGUGCGGAAGGCUGGCCAGGUUAUCCGCAUCAUCUGUAUCCUUAGCCACCCCAUCAAGAACACCAACGACGCCAACUCCUGCCAAAUAAUCAUCCCCCAGAACCAGGUCAACAGGAAGUCAGACAUCUACGUGUGCAUGAUCUCCUAUGCACACAACGUGGCGGCCCAGGGCAAGUACAUAGCUAUUGCCAGCACUACUGUGGAGACCACGGACCCUGAAAAGGAGGUGGAGCCGGCUCUGGAGCUGUUGGAGCCCAUAGACCAGAAGUUUGUGGCUAUCAGUGACUUGUAUGAGCCCAUUGAUGAUGGUUGUGAGAGCCAGGUGUUCUGUUCCUGCUCCUACGAUGCCACCACACACUUUGAGACAACCUGCAACGACAUCAAAGACAUCUACAAACGCAUGGCUGGCACGGCCUUUGACUUUGAGAACAUGAAGCGCAAACAGAACGACGUCUUUGGAGAAGCUGAGCAGUGA